GGCUGCAGCCCUCCCGCCUCACAAUGAACGCAUUGACCGUUUACAAGCCCUCGAAGGCUCUCUUGGCAUGGAGGAGCGGGAAGAAGGGAGUGGGGUUACCGGUGCAGAGACCUCGAAUGGCUGAAAAUUAAUUUUAGGCUCGUAACCUGGACUCUAUUCUGGGUGAUAGCAGGACAUGAAACCUGAGCUUUUGGUCUCAGAAAGAGUAUUAGGAAUUUCACAGAAGUUGUUUCCCGGCAGUCAUGUGAUAUCAGGGCUCCAAAAUUCUUGUAGUUCUGGGCGGAGAACGAUGCUUACAAGGAAGCCGCCGCGUGCAAAGGGAAUGACCUGGGAAUUAACAGGGAAAGGCCCGGGAGCUGUCAGUAAGUGAAAGAGAGAUUGUGGUGCGUGUCCUUUUCAUCUUUGCAAAGACGCAUUUUGGUCCAGAACAAAGGACUGCUCUUGAUAAAAAACAGGGAAAGAAACGUUAAUGCAGUUUCUUGACAAGCCUGUCUCCUGAGUCGUAUGUAUUUGUCAAGCAUCAUCCGGUUCUAGGCACCUCGCAGUCUUUCCGAUGGAAUGAGUUUUGUGUGCAGAGCAUUCUGGCAGACGGACUUGAAGGAAUGUGGCAUAUAAGGAAAAUUGGGUACUUGAGGCGUCUAGAAGUUUUGAAGCACAGUGGCCGUGCUUCUUGACAACUUCCACGGAUCAUUUGGGGGCUUUGGAAAACAGAACUAUAAUAAGUGAUAUGCCCCGAGGAGCCAUGCAGUAUUUUGGCAGAGAAAUCUUUUAAAUGGGAAGUAACACCAAGUGUAUUCAUCCUUUGUUAGGCGAAGCUUGUGCCUGUAUUCUUGGCCAUUUUCCUUCACAUUUGCCAGAAACCCUCAACUUUUGUUUAUGUACAAGGAGAUAGCUGGGAAGAUUGCAUUAACAUUUAGGAGAAGGCAUUCCUCUUCAUUUGUUGCUGAUUUCUGAAAUGAUUCAAAGCAAAUGAUUUUGACUGUAUUGGCACGCUAGUCCUUAAAAAGUAGGAAAUUUAUUACAAACUCUGUGCUUUGGGGGAGGACAAUCGUCCUAUUCUAAAGGUCUUUAUUGCUAAACUAGAAUAUCUUCAUGGUCUACACUUUUUCUAGAUGGAUACUGAUCGUGAAUAACUCAGAACAUUAGCAUAUUGUCUCCUUAAUUAGGCUGGAAACUGCUGCGGCAUUUUGCCGGGGCCUUUUUAGCAGGCGACCGGUCACGGGGCUGCUGGGGAGCAUUGAUUUGGGCAAGGAGCCCACAGUUGCUAGGGAAGUAUUGCAGGCGCUGAGGCAGUCUCUCCUUCAAACACUCCUCUGUGUCUUCUCCACCCCCACGCCCUCAGCCACAGCUCCCAGGGGUGUGUAGUGUCUUUAAUCUCAGGUUUUACAUAUAAACGCUUGAGACUUUCUGCAGGAUUCAAAAACCCAAACCUGUCUUUCCUCUCUGGAUCAGCUGACUGAAUUGUAAACUGCGUGGAAUUUAUCCUCCCCCUUACCUGAGCUGGGUUAGUACCGGGCACUUUAUUUUCUCUCAAGUUGUCCAUUUGACAAGUGAGUGCAGGAGGCCGGGGUCUUCCCAGCCAGUGGGGUUCUAAAUUAAGCUGUUUUUGUUUUAACUUCUGUUUUUCCAGUCUAAAUUCGCAAGUGGAAACUGCAGCUAAACGCCUUGCCGAAACCAGUCUAAGAUUCUUCCAUGAACCCAACCAGUUCCUCUCAUAACUCAACAGACUCCAAGAGCCUGAAUCAUAAGUCCUGUUCAGACGCAGCUGUAGUGAUUAACAGCCAUCAAAGCUUUUCAUAGAUUUCUGCCUUUUCUUUUUUUCUUUGUCUCUCGUUGUAGAUCUCAUCUUUAUAACCUCCCUGUGAAGAAGCAGGGGGAAUAGGUGGCCACAUCCCAUUUGCAGAUAAGGAAGGAGGCCUAAUGCAGUAUCUGCAAAGCUGGGAAUCUGACUUCUUUUUAAUGCACAUAAUUGUUUGUUGCUGUCAGUUAGAACUGUGCUCCAUAGGGUGUUCUUGCUGUGACCUUUUGGAAGCAGAUUGCCAGUUCUUUCUUCUGAGACGAGUUUGAACACCAACCUUUCAGCUAGUGGAAGGCUCAACCAUUCGCAUUACCCAGAAACUCCUUAUGCGUAUAAGAGCAGCUCCAAGUUACACAGCUAAUUACUCUGCACCAGACACCGCUCCCAGCACCUUAAGCACGUGACCUCAUUUAAUCCUCGUAGCCACCCUGUGAGGUCCGCACAGUUACUGCUUCCAUUUUACAGAUCGGAAGACUGAGUACAGAGAGGUUAAUGUAUUGAUUUUGCUCCCAGGCAGUUUGCUUCCAAGUCGGUGGUCUCAGCCAGGAUGCUAGACUGCUCUCCUCAGACAUCAUUUGUAUGUUGGAAAAUGACUGUCAGGCAAGUUAAUGACGACGCUGACUUGCGUGGUGGUUUUGUCAAAUGAAAUUCACUCUGAGGCACAUCACUGGGUUGUGCGUGCAGGUGGCCCUGGGGGAGCAUUUCCUGGGGCUUUGAACCAAGUUGUCAGGUUGACCGGAGGCCGUCAUGGGUUUUUGCCCUGUCAUAUGUGUUAAGAGCUUGUGAUUUUAAGAAUGUGAAACUUCAGAGGGAGGUUCUGCUUUCAGGGGCACAGUGGUUGGAGUAGAAAGACGGGCUUCGAAAUUCUCUUAGAUCCUUUUCUCUUUUCUCAAAUGGAAAUGUUCUAAGAUCCUGAGUAACUGUGUCUCUUUUUACCUUUUUCUCAUUUACAAACUCCCAAGUGUGAUGCUUGAUUUAUAGGUAAGAGCUGAAACAGUGCUGGCCAGGGAAGUUAGUUGGCCUUACCCGGGUCUCGUUCACGAUGGAUCUGAUUUUUCUGGUUUCUUUGGCUACCACAGCAUCUACAGGCUCAUUUAUCUACAUGCUGGACCUUCCAGAUGGGAGCUUUGUGCUUUGGAAGAAUUCUCGUCUCGGGAGGGGACAGCUGAUUCACAGACCCUCGAGACCCCACAAGAGUUAUGGAGUACAUGAGCACUGGAAGUGACCACAAGGAAGAAAUCGAUCUAUUAAUCCAACACUUCAACGUGUCCGAUGUAAUCGACAUGAUGGAAAACCUCUACACGAGCGAGGAGCCAGCUGUGUUUGACCCCGGUCUGAUGGCUGUGUGUCCGUGUGCCAACGAAAACGAGGAGCGCUCCGAGUCUCUGCUGCUCGGGGCCCAGGAGGUGCCCUGGCUGUCGUCCGUCAGAUAUGGCACGGUGGAGGAUUUGCUUGCUUUUGCAAACCGUAUAUCCAAUACCGCAAAGCAUUUUUAUGGACACCGACCACAAGAAUCUGGAAUUUUAUUAAAUAUGGUCAUCAGCCCCCAGAAUGGACGCUAUCAAAUAGACUCUGAUGUGCUUCUCAUCCCUUGGAAGCUGACUUACAGGAAUAUUGGCUCUGAUUUCAUUCCUCGGGGGGCCUUUGGAAAAGUGUACUUAGCCCAAGAUAUAAAGACGAAGAAAAGAAUGGCAUGUAAACUGAUCCCCGUAGAUCAGUUUAAGCCUUCAGAUGUUGAAAUCCAAGCUUGCUUCCGGCACGAGAAUAUCGCUGAGCUGUAUGGCGCUGUCCUCUGGGGUGACACUGUCCAUCUCUUUAUGGAAGCAGGCGAGGGAGGGUCUGUUCUGGAGAAGGUGGAGAGCUGUGGACCAAUGAGAGAAUUUGAAAUUAUCUGGGUGACAAAGCAUGUUCUCAAGGGACUUGAUUUUCUACACUCAAAGAAAGUCAUUCAUCAUGAUAUUAAGCCUAGCAACAUUGUUUUCAUGUCCACGAAAGCUGUUUUGGUGGAUUUUGGCCUAAGCGUUCAAAUGACUGAAGAUACCUAUUUUCCUAAAGACCUCCGAGGGACAGAGAUUUACAUGAGCCCAGAGGUGAUUCUCUGCAGGGGCCAUUCAACCAAAGCAGACAUCUACAGUCUGGGGGCCACGCUCAUCCACAUGCAGACGGGCACCCCGCCCUGGGUGAAGCGCUACCCUCGGUCAGCCUAUCCCUCCUACCUGUACAUUAUCCACAAGCAGGCACCUCCACUGGAAGACAUUGCGGACGACUGCAGUCCCGGCAUGAGAGAGCUGAUAGAAGCGGCACUGGAGAGAAACCCCAACCACCGCCCCCAGGCCAUGGACCUCCUGAAGCACGAAGCCCUGAAUCCCCCAAGAGAGGACCAGCCGCGCUGCCAGAGUCUGGACUCUGCUCUCUUUGAGCGGAAGAGGCUGCUGAGCAGAAAGGAGCUGGAACUUCCUGAGAACAUUGCUGAUUCUUCAUGCACAGGAAGCACGGAGGAGUCCGAGAUGCUAAGGAGACAGCGUUCCCUCUACAUAGACCUGGGAGCCCUGGCUGGCUACUUCAAUCUUGUUCGGGGCCCACCCACACUAGAAUAUGGCUGACUGAUGACUGCAUUUCCUCUAAAUUAAGAUGCAGCCUUUAUCUUCUGGAAGCUGAUUCUGCUGACUCUACACAGAGACUCUGUACAGUGACGUGUGCUGUUAGCCACACGGUGUGGCUCCCGUGACCCACGAACGCCAGCUCCAAGCAGCCC